GUAGCGCAAGGCCGAGGGAGAUUGGAGCGAAGAGGUCUGUGGAAGGAUACUUGGUUGCCCGGAAAGACUGUCGUAUUUCAUGCUCUUCGAACGCGUGUUGGCGGACAAUAUCGGCCCACUUGAUUGAUCGGGUGCGGGUGUAUCCGGCGGUGCACGAGGGCUCGCAUAAUGUCGGGCGCAGCUCCCCCCGCUAUGACGGGAAACCCACGGGACGGCCCACGCCCGGAGGUCAGCCGUAACGUAGAGUCUAGACCCUCGUCUCCUCCGGCUUUCCCGCCACCACCACUACCAGCAGCACCAGGCGCUACUAGUCGCGUUGCUUCAUCAGAGCACGACGUGGCGGCGAAAGCCGCACAAUCAGCACCAGGCGCUACCGGUCGUGCAUCGUCGUCAGGGCACCGCGCCGGGGUUGGCGCGCCACACGCGUCUCCGCAGGAUCCGGAAGCCUCCGGCUGGGAUGUGCUAAUGGGCGCUGUCAACCUCGAGCUGAAGAGAUCCGAGCCAGCGGCACCAAAUACCACCCCCACCGCGGCAUCCACCGCCGCCGCCGCCGCCGCUACCACCAGCGCCAGCGACACCGCCCGGCACCGAUCCACGGUUGCCGCUUCCGUGGCGCCAUCUUCAUCUCCGUCUGCAAUGGUUCGGGGUUGUGGCGUUUUCGAGCGAGGCCCGCGGGGGGCGUCGCCUCCUGACGGGCCUUGCGCCGGGGGGAGAACCGACGCGUACUUCGGGAACCGGGAUAUUGUGGCGGCAUGUCGGGCUCUGAGGACGCUGCCGCACGUCCCCGUAGACGACGCGCCCGGGUCGGGAAGCGCGCCUGUAGCCGUAGGGGCCGGCUCCGUAUCGUUGCCUGGGUUCUCGAUGACGAAGAACGUUGCCGCGCCAACGGUCAACGCUGUAAUGGUCAAAGCGAACCAGGAGCCACCUGCCGCCGCCGCUGUCGCCCCUCCCUCCGCCGUCGCCGCUACUGGCCCUCCACCAAUUAGGAUGAUCGACUUCGUGCGUAUGCCGGAAUCGACCUCGCCGCCGCCCGUCGUCGCCGCCGCAUCGCCGCUGCCGCCGCCGCUGCCGCCGCCGCCGCCGCCGCUCCAGCCUCCGUCGCCGGCCGGACCCACUGCGCGCGAUAUCUACGCCGGAGCCGCUAUGCCGACGGUGCCGGCAGCGGCAUCAGCGGCGGUGACCGCAACGACGGCUACUCCUUCUCCCGAUCUCGCGCACGCCGCAGCGCCAGCAGCCUCGAAGACGGGAGCCGCAUCGCCGGGGGCCAACACCCCGCAAGCGGCGGCAAAACCCAGGGCGGCGAAAUCGAAGGCGGUGAGAUCGAAGGCAGCAGAGUCGAUGGCGACAAGGACUAAGGCCAAGGCCCACAAGGUCCGCAAGGCCCCUAAGGCCCCCAAGGCCAAGAAGCGCAAGAAGGACUGGUGGGUCCGGCGGGGUCCCCCCGGCCAGUCGAGCUUCAAGGGCGUGUGCAUCACCCCGGCGGGAACGUGGCGGGCCGUAAUCUACGUGGACCGGAAGCAGAAGUACCUGGGGGUAUUCGACAGCGAGUUCGACGCCGCGCGGGCCUACGACGCGGCGGCGAGGGUCUACUGCCCCGGGUCGCAGCUGAACAAUCCAGACCAGAUCGAGCGCGAGCUGCACGAGCUCAGCGCCGCGGACGGGAAGCCCUUCGCAACGGCGGGAGCGGAGCCGCCGCCGGAACGACCGCGGCCGCCACCGCCGCCGCCGCCUCUCAGACAACCAUGA